AUGCGCGUGUUUUCUUUCACGUCACGCCCAUCAUGGAUGGGUUUGCUGACUGCGGCUCUUAUGGGCAUUUCAACUGUCAAUGCUGUAGAACUGGACCUGGAUGAUGAAGGUGAGAAUUUUACUAUUCUGACACUUCCGCAAAAACUGACCAAUAUCAAAGAGUCUAUCAAAAAGGCUGCCAAGGACGUCGCAACCAACAUGAUGACAUACUACACCGGCAUGAAUCCAGGGGAUAACCCAGGAAAUCUACCCGAUCCUUACUACUGGUGGGAGGCCGGUGCGAUGUUCAACGCCCUCAUUGACUACUGGUUCUACACGGGCGACGAUACCUGGAAUGAUAUCACCAUACAAGGCAUGCUUUGGCAGGCGGGCGAAAACAAAGCAUUCAUGCCGAACAAUCAGAGCAAAACUGAAGGUAAUGACGAUCAAGUAUUCUGGGGCUUCGCUGCCAUGUCUGCUGCAGAGCGAAACUUCCCCAAUCCGCCAGCGGAUCAACCUCAGUGGCUUGAGAUGGCCCAGGCUGUGUUCAAUACGCAGGUUCCCCGAUGGGAUCCCUCGUCCUGUGGUGGAGGACUUCGCUGGCAGAUAUUUACCUGGAACAAUGGCUACAACUACAAGAACACGAUCUCCACAGGUGGACUUUUCAACCUUGCCUCCCGCCUGGCAAAGUAUACGAAGAACGAAACAUACGCGGAAUGGGCUGAAAAGGCUUGGGACUGGAUUGCCGAUGUUGGAUUCAUGACACCCGAAUAUCGCUUUUGGGAUGGAGCCAGUGACUUGACCAAUUGCGCUCCCAUAAACCAGAUUGAGUGGACCUAUAACGCCGGUGUGUUCUUACUUGGUGCUGCCAAUAUGUACAAUCUGACUGAAGAACCCAAAUGGAAGGAACGCACCGAAAAAAUCAUUGACUCCUCAGGCGUCUUCUUUUCUCAGGAUCCACCGAACGUGAUGUAUGAACGAGCCUGUGAGACGGUCAGCACAUGCAUGGUUGAUCAGCGUUCGUUCAAGGGAUAUCUUGCACGCUGGAUGGCUCAAACCACCCAAAUGGCUCCCUUCACGUAUGAAAAAGUCAUGAAGCGAUUGAGGGCUUCUGGCGAAGCCGCCGCAAAGACCUGUACAGGAGGCUCCAAAGGAACGACAUGUGGUCUCAAAUGGACCGAUCAAAAGUGGGAUAAGACGAAAGACUUCGGCCAGCAGAUGGCAGCUCUUGAAGUUAUUCAGUCAAACCUGAUCACUCGUGUAUCGGCUCCUGUAACCAAUGACGAUGGUGGCACUAGUAAGGGAAAUCCGAAUGCUGGCUCUAAGCCUCCUAAAACGGUCCCUCCUGGUCUGACGUACUCAAUCACCACGGCUGAUAAGGCCGGUGCAGGAAUCCUCACUGUGCUUGUGCUAAUAGGUAUUGGUGGGUCAACAGGAUGGUUGAUUUGGGAGUGA